AAUCCAUCCAUUGACUCCCAAAUUCCCAAUUCAGACGUUCCUUUACGCUUUAGGGUUUUUCUUCUCUCUCCAAAAUUUCUUUUACAAUCCUAAAUUUUCAACUACUCGAUUGCUUUUAAAGAAAAUAAUAAUCGGAGACCGAUUCAAAUCUUACGCAAUCCUUCUUCGCCAUCGGAAGUCAAGUCACAAUUGAUAAUUCUCUAUUUCUCUUAUGCAACUACAGUCAAAGUGCUCGUGGAACCCUAAUUAAGCGCAUAGGGUUUCUGUAUAACAAAGGAUUUUGUUUGGUGUUGAAGUCGAUUUGAUCCAAAGGUGUGUUCAUUUCAUUUCCUCGCUUUGAUUUAUUUUUGAAGUUGUCAAGUUGAAAAAUUGGGAAUUACGUGUGGAAUUGAAAUCGCCUGAGAUUCUUAGGGUUUUUUUGUGUUUGAAAAUUGGAUCAAAAUGGAUAAUUCUGAUUAUUCGAGGAAUCGGAACAAUGAGCAUUUAGGUGUUAACAAAAUUGGGAAAGCGAUCAGGAAAAGUCCAUUACACCAACCAAGUUUCGCGAAUCCGGCGAGACAACAACCUCAACCUCAAGUAUACAACAUCAACAAGAACGAUUUUCAGAGUAUUGUUCAGCAGCUCACCGGUUCACCUUCCCGGAAUUCCCAGGAGCCACUUCCGAGACCUCCGCAGAACUCACCUAAACCACCUAGCAUGCGGUUGCAAAGAAUCCGGCCAUCACCAUUAGCUCCGCUUAAUGUAAACCGCCCUAGAAUGCCCAUUCCCAUUCAUCAUAUGGGACAAGAACAGAUGUCUCGCUCCCAGAUGCCUCCGCUUCGUCCACCAAAUGGUGCAGUGCUUGGCGCGCCUCCUUAUAACGGUAAUUAUGCUAGACCUGCCCACCAUGGUCAACAACGACCACCACCAGGUAUGCCACAACCACCACCCAUGGCUUCCGGUGAUCAUACAGGGUGGCCAAACACAGCCGAGUCUCCUAUCUCUGCUUAUAUGCGUUACCUUCAGCAUUCCAUCAUAGAUUCAACUCAAGGUCAAGGUCAAGGAAAUCAACAACAUCAACAACAUCAUCAACAACAACAACAACAACAACCCCCUCAUCCUCAAUACCAACAAAAUCCUCAAGGUCAACAUCAGCAACCGGGAUUGCUUCCGUAUCCACUUCCAUCUCCUCGGAUGAACAAUGGAGGUCCUCCUCUUCCAUCUCCCCGGAUGAACGGACCUCCACCUCUUCCGUCACCGAGAAUGAACAUGAACGGUCCUCCACCACUUUUACCAUCACCAACUUCUCAGUUUCUUCUUCCAUCUCCAUCUGGUUACUUAAACUUAUUGUCUCCUCGAUCACCAUACCCUUUACUUUCUCCUGGUUAUCAGCAUCCUCCACCAUUAACACCGAAUUUUUCAUUCUCACCCAUGACUCAACCAGGAGUGUUAGGCCCUGGACCACCACCUCCACCUUCUCCCGGCAUGGGGUUUCCAUCUCCAGGUUUUUUCUCAAUUCAAAGUCCCAGAUGGAGGGAUUAGAUAAAGAUGGAUGAUAAGAUGCUAACUGUGUAUGGAUUCAUCGUUACAGCAACUUAACUUAAGAUAAAAUUGCCAAAAUGGUCCCUACAUCACCUCCCCCAACUCCUUCGGUGGCUUCAACAAAGAUUUUGAUCGACAUAAACACAGGUUGAGUGACGGUUGCAGAGCAGUCAGCGAUCAUUGACGAUGGGCGCGCAAGUGGUCGGUGGUGCUAGGGCUGGAAGAUAUAUAUGCACAAGGAGAGAGAAAGAUUAAGGGUUCACGAUGAUGACAAAGGAGAAUGAUGGGGUUACAUGAGUAUGUGAUUUUCGUUUUAUGUUUAAUAAAAAAUUUAAAAUAAUAAUUAGUUAACAAUUAAUAAAAAUAUAAAAUCAAAAUGAAAAAUGAUUAUUUUAACA